GAGUGCAGGCUGGGGUGCGGGGUGCUGGCGGCGCGAUGGAAGAACGGGACUGCAGCCCUGCAGGGAUGUCAGACGGGUUACCGUGCUGCUAGCAAUAGUGAGCUGUACACUCGGCUAGGGAACAAGCCUCCUCUCUCUGCUCUGCGCUGUCAUCUCUGUGCUCAUGUGCAUUCUCAUAUUCACAGCAAAGAAAGAGGAGUCCUGCAAGGCACUGGACCUGGCAGAGUACACCAAGAAUCAGUCCUGGUGGCGCAAGCUCUUUGGGCCAAGCUCUGGGUCAAGUGCUGAAAAAUAUAAUGUAGCAACUCAGCUGGUGAUUGGAGGAGUCACUGGAUGGUGUACUGGCUUCAUCUUUCAGAAAGUUGGAAAGCUGGCAGCAACAGCAGUAGGUGGUGGCUUUUUCCUACUUCAGAUUGCAAACCACACCGGGUACAUCAAAGUGGACUGGAAGCUAGUAGAGCAGGACGUGAACAAAGCCAAGGAGCAGCUGAAAUUUCACAGCAGUGGCAGCAAACUGACCCCAGAAGUUAAAAGCAGAGUUGAUGAGGUGAUAACAUUUCUGAAGAAGAACAUUAUCCUGUCUGGAGGGUUUGCUGGGGGAUUCCUGCUUGGAAUGUCUUCAUAGAGACUCCUCAGAACUGACAACUCUGUCCCCUCUCAUCCUCCCACUUAGUAAACAGUGGGUUGUGUUGACACUCCGCCGCCUCAGGCCCUACUCCCUCUCCUGGCUACACUGCUGCUAAUUUUCCUUCCUUUCUCUGUGCGGCGUUCUGCUGGUGCUGCAGUGAGUCCAGAGGGUCGAGACCCUCAGUGUGUGCAUCUUGAUCUGACUCCCUCCCCCUGCAAAUGUCCCACUGCGGAUUGCAGGGGCAGUAGUAACCCCAUGAACAGCCUGCAAGAGAGGUCUGAGAACAGGCACAAGACUGACAGAUGGAAGCUCUCCUUUCCAGUGCUCGCAAGGUUCGUCAAGUUCCGUGCACCCCUAUUUUUGUAUUCACUCUUCCCUGGUAACAGGAAAGCUCACACUAUGGGAAAAUGGUGUUUGCAUGGCUAUCUGGUGUGAAUUGUCCAUCUUAGAACGUGCUCUGAAAUGGGCACAGUUGUUUGGCGAAACAGCUAAUUCAGACAUGGCAGAGCAAGUGCAUGGCAGAAACACUAUUGGAGCUCUGUUCUUCUGCCUUCAUCCCUUCCUAGACUUGCCAGUAUGCUAUCCACAGAUGAUCACUUGAGUGGUGUUUAUCCGUCCCGUUGGCACUGCCAAUAGAAAUUGUGAGUGUUGCAUGUUGCCAUCUUACAGCCUUUCUUACCAUGGGUUUUGAAAGUCAUUGGGUAUCCUACCAUUUAGAAGGCAUUCUCCUCUCUCUGCAGCUGGUGUCUCAGCCAAUGAAUUUUAAAAUGUGCUGAUGCUGGAUGUUAAUCUGGCAGAAAAUCUGCCUGCAAUGACUGUGCAUAUGACUGAAACCUGCACUACCAGCUCCAUCCAGUCCUGCACAUGUUUCCAUAGAGACAAUAACUGCGGCUUAUCCCUAGUAUCACGUCACUAUUUCUGACGCUAAUGCCUUUUUUCUGGCUAAUAUGCAGUUGCAGCUCCCUGUAGGUAUCUGGUGCACGUGGGGCUUCCUGGGCAGAUGGAACUCUGAGCAGUAUACCAUGGGAUGUGAUAGCCUGGUGGAGGAUUCCAGUUUGAGUGCAGACAGCAGCUGUUUGGGAUUCACACUCGGUCUAGAAUUAUUAUGAAGCCAGAAAGCCAUUUCUCUCCCCUUGCAGAGCAGAUUCUGUCUGUCCUCUGCAAAAGGCUGAAUCUCCCAGGCAGUCCCCUAUACAGGUGCAUCUUAAAAUCCCUGAUGACCACCUUUCUGCCUGUCAUAUAUGCCUUUACGUGGCACUAGGUGGUAAGAUGCAUCAUACCCUGUAUACUGGGCAUGGGGGGAGAGCCAUUCCAUAUGUUCCUUCUCAAAACAGAAACUGGCACUUUGGUGCCAUAGAAAGAGGAGGGGGUAUUCCACAGCAGCCCAGCAUGCCCACCUCUCCCUGCAAAAAAGACAGCAGGCUUGUCAACCUAUCUCUCUGGGAACUAGACAGCGGGCAGGAAAUGCAUGAGCACUGUUUAUUAGCUCUACCCCUGCCUCUAUUAACAUUUCCCAUUCCAACAAAAACAAGCACCUGGGUCCAGUUGGUUUCACCUGGAGAUGGGUUCUGCGUGGCUUGUUACCCAAUCCUGAGCGCAUCUGUUCUGCAGGGGAAAGUAAAAGUCCCAGCGAUCCAUUCAGUAUUGCCUGCCACUGCGCUUUCCUUCUGUCCCUGCUCUGAGGUAGCUUGGAGAGCAUGGUGCUUCAGCUGGUAAUGAGCAUCUUCUUGCUGAAGGCUGGUUCUGUUCCCCUUCUGAAAUCAUGCCCUGGAAUUGUAUGGAACCCCUGGCCCUCGUGUGAUGGCCAAAUGCUAUUCAGACUGUAAGUGUCCAUGGCACGAGGAUGCACUUUACCUAUCAUGCUGCAGUGUUUAGUGCUUGGUCUGACUGGCAGCAAGGGACAUACCUAAAAGAAUGCCCUGAGUCCUGGUCCUGUUAGAGCAGCGCAGCUUGGCAACUGCAGCUGUGUUUUCAGGAGAGCCUGAUUGCAUCUGUGCAAACUUUAUUUUGCUCUUAGUCUGUCCCCUAACAUACAGGGUUUGCAAUUAUGUGACUGACUUCCUCCCAGUUCCCAUGGGUAGACUGCAGACUGCCUUUACACCAAAUCUAUCUUGUAUUCUGGCUGACUAUAGCAGGGCAGGAGAAACUGGAUAGACAGUCGGGUGCUGCAGGAAUUGGGCAGUGAGGCUGGUGCAUGAUGACUCGUUAGGAUGGCAAGGUACUGUAGGAGGAAAUUCUGUGGAGCUGGAUGAUCUUGAUGAAUUUAUGAAAACAUCUUGCUGGAACUCAGCUGCUCAGAUAGGAAAAUAGUGUCCCUACACCGCCGCCUGGGGUAUGAAGUAGCCUUUUUAUUCAGAUUUCUGUCUCCAGCCUCCUUCCACAGACUGCUGGGUGGACAUGUCUCUCUCCCCCCCCCCCCCCCCCCCCCCCCCCCUUCCCUUGGGGAGUGGCAGUUUUGGGAUAACAGCUGUAACUUGGCCAAAGCCUUUGGCCUGGUACCUCACUCCCUCUUAGCUGGAUCAUCUGCUGGAAAUUCAGCAGAGUUCUGCUCAUGGGGCUCUAAAAACUGGCCACGAGUUCUCUUGGCUUCAGUGUCUUCCUUUCCAGCUGCCAUUUUUUUCCUCUUGAUGUACGUGCAAAGACUUUGCUGGUGCUACGUUGCUGUAGCCUGAGAAGCAAGCAACUUGUUACCAAACCUCAGGGCUAUUCCUAGCAAAAACUUCCUGUUAAUCACCCCAAAUCCUGGGAAAUAGGCUCAUUAGUGUAACCAGAAAUAUACUGGCAGUCUGCUCUGUCCCUGAGACACUUAAAAUAGCUAUUCUUUGUCUGGAAUAUUAGAAAUUGCUGCCACAGAGCGAAGCAACUUCCAGGAGCAGCCAAAAUGUCUCAAAGCUGUCACUGGAUGGGAAAUCAAACCAGCAAUUUAAGUUUUGAUCUAAAAAUGUGGAGAGAGAAAGGAGGAAGGCCUGGAGGGCAUCCAUGUUGGGCAAAAGGAAACUUCCUUUGUACCUCUCCUGAAGUCGUGUGUGCAGCAAAAGCAUUUUCAGUUUUCACAUGGGUGCCAAGAUGAAAUCUUAAUCCCUCUUUGGUUUUGUUUCAACAGUCUCUAGUACCAAUGCCAGGAAACUGUGGUUUAAAAAUACACUAGGCUUUUAAGGGUAUUUUUGUACAUUGUAUGUAGGCGCUUGUUGAAGUGAUAUAAUUAAACUGUUGCUUUAGAGUCUA